UUCCUCGAAACUAGCUGCAUGGCUAAAUGUCUCAGAUAACAUAGUGUCAAGAGUUUGCCUCAGAGAAGCGGAGGAACACAAAUUUACAGUUAAAGCUAAACCUUACGUGAGGUUAUGUCGUGACUCCGGUGUCGGCAGAGACUGAGCGCAGCGGCUGACCUUUUUUAAAUCUCUGCAUCACUUCACACAAGUGUAUGGACUGAGCAGGAUGCUAGCAUGUGUCGUUAGCAAACCACCUCAGGAAAUUAGCUCGUUUAGCUAGCUUAGACAGCCAGCCAGCCAAGUGUUAUUAUGAGGCUUACUUUUGCCUCUUUAUGCUCAUACUCGAUUUAAAUAACCUCUUCGCAAUGGACACAGAGGCAAUAGUGAUCCGUAUAAAAACGCCGUCGGGGGACAUGGACUCAUCCGUCGACUGUCCAUCUCUUCUGAACUUCAAUGACUUGCUGGUCGCCAUCAGAGAUGUCAUGCCUGAAGCCACCGUCACAGCCUUUGAAUAUGAAGAUGAAGUGGGAGACAGAAUCACUGUAAGAAGUGAUGAAGAACUCAAGGCUAUGUUGUCAUAUUACUGCAACACAAUGAAUGAACAACGCAUGAAUGGACUGCUGCCGGACCCUCUCCAGAUUUUUCCAAGAGCCGGCAAGACUCCAGGGAUCCGGAACAUACAUGGCCUGAAGGUUAAUACAAGACCUAACCCAGCCAAUGACUGCACUCAUGCUGUUCCAGACUCCAUGGCCAACAACAGCUUAAAAAAAUCGUCUGCUGAGCUGAAGAGGAUCUUGACAAAUGGGCAGAUAAAUGCCCAAGAUAUCCACUAUCAAGAGCAGCUCGGCCAUGGAAAUGGAGGCACAGUUUAUAAAGCGUACCAUGUUCACGGCAAGCGAGUUUUAGCUGUCAAGGUCAUCCCACUGGAUAUCACGGUGGAAUUACAGAAGCAGAUCAUGUCAGAACUAGAAAUUCUCUACAAGUGUGAUUCACCCUACAUCAUCACUUUCUUCAGUGCCUUUUUUGUUGAGAACAGGAUAUCCAUAUGCACAGAAUUUAUGGAUGGUGGUUCUCUGGAUGUGUACAAAAGAAUUCCAGAGCAUGUGCUCGGGAGAAUCGCAGUGGCAGUAGUCAAAGGUCUGACAUAUCUGUGGAGCCUGAAGAUACUUCACAGAGAUGUCAAGCCUUCCAAUAUGCUGGUGAACACCCGAGGACAUGUCAAGCUCUGUGACUUUGGUGUCAGCACACAGUUGGUGAAUUCUAUUGCCAAAACGUAUGUGGGAACAAAUGCAUACAUGGCGCCUGAAAGGAUAUCAGGAGAACAGUAUGGUAUUCACGCAGAUGUCUGGAGUGUGGGAAUCUCUUUCAUGGAGUUGGCACUAGGCAUGUUCCCCUAUCCACAGAUUCAGAAGAACCAAGGAUCUUUAAUGCCUCUACAGUUACUGCAAUGCAUCGUUGAUGAGGAUCCUCCAGUUCUUCCCAUCGACCAGUUCAGUGAAAAGUUUGUUCACUUCAUCACUCAGUGUAUGCGCCGGCAACCGAAAGAGAGACCUGCCCCUAAUAACCUCAUGGAUCACUCCUUCAUUAUACAGUUUAAUGAUGGCAAUGCAGAGGUGGUGUCGAUGUGGGUUUGUCGCUGCUUGGAGGAGAGACGAGCUCAGCAGGCUCAGGGACGCGUCUGACGUCCUCCCGCCUGCCCGUGAUGGACCUGGACGUUUGAUCCUAAACCUUGAACACUUAUCAAGGUCUCCCGGAUCAAGUAUGUCCAUAUGCACUGUACAAGUGACUUUGUGUACACGGACAAAAAUCACUAGAUGUUAAGUACUUCAUGUGAGUAAUUCUUUAUUUAACAGCACUCAUGCGCCGUGACAAUGAGGAGCUCACAUCCUUUGCACUGAAUAUUAACCUCUGCAUCCAAAAAGUGCAGAGAGAUCUGUGCUUUCUUUCUCACAUGGUCUCCAUCCGCUGCUUCGUCCCCACGUUUUUUAGGGAGUAUACAGAAAUGCAGUGAGCAUCACAGUUGAUGAAUGGAGGUAAUUGGUCCUGACUUAAAGGAUCAGUGACAGUAAACGAUUUCAAAGCAUAAGACUGAAAUAUGCUGGCAGAGUUGUGAUCUGUUUUUAGGAUGGCAUCUCAAAUAACCGUCUUGUGCUUUACAGUUGACAGCCCUCUAGUGAAUGUUAAGGUUCUUGCCUGUGAGUAACUGCCCAUGUGUGUGCCUGUUUUUCCACUGGUGUAAUUUAAUACCUCAGCAAACUUAUGUUGUCACUGCAUAUAGCAAUAUUUCCCCCCAAAAAAUGUACCUGUUUUCAGCUCCUGGACCAGAGCGUUUGUAUCCAGUUAUGCGCAAACCUUGCGAGGUUGUGGGUUAACUGAAUAGACAACAACAAGCCUGCAGUACCAGUGAGUCUGAAGCAGCAAUGCAGUAUUACAGAGUGGAAUGAAAUACUGACACAUCUUUUCUUGAUUCUCAAGCUCACUGACCAAACAAUUUAUUGUUGACACUCAUCAUGAGGAACCAGGGUUUAUUUCUUUUUAAACCAAUUUUUAACUUGGUUGCAUAUCUUUUAUUUCCAUUUGCACAGUCAUGCCUGACAUUGAAUGCCAGUGACUGAACUGUUGGAGAGAAAAUUGUGCUGAAGCAGAUCUCCACAUUCAGUCAGCAGCUAUUUUUUUGUUUUGUUUUUUUUAAACCAUUACCAAUAAGAGAAACUACAGACAGUUGGAAGCAUAACAGGAACCAUAACUCUUCCUCCUCUUAUAAACCAACAUGUUUUUGAUUGUAAGUUGUUUUUUUUAUCCACAUAGUCACCAGAAAAUCCUUUACUUUAGGAAAGUAUGUCAUGUACUCUAGAGAAAUUAUGCUAUUUUAUUGGAUUGCCCAAUGAGAUCAGUUUAUAUAUUGUAGAGGGAAAGUAUUAAUGCAGUGCACAUAACACCAAAGACCACUGGCAAGCCAAAUGGUGAAUUAUAUGGAUUUCUCAUGACUGAGGCAAAACUUAAUGGGUGACUAACUGACUAAAAUGAUUUGCUCUGACAAGGUGUUUAUGUGCACCUGAUGAAAUGUUUUGUGCUUAAGUGCAAUUAAAUGCCCUUACCUUCACAAAGUCACAGUAAACACAGCCUACAGUGGUGCGUGUACAGUGUCAGCAUCCCUUUGCCUGAAUGUAGUGGCGGCAAAUCAGUGCAGCAGAAAUGGUUUAAAGCACCAUUUUACUAUAAAUGUGAUGUGUAGUUUCUUCAGUACCCAUGUUAGAUGUGGUUUUAUGAAUGGUUGAUUUUAAUCUCUGGCCUUUAAGUGUAAAUCAUUCUAAACCGAGAACACAUCUGUUGAACAAACAUGUGCUCCAUUACGUCAUUCAUAGUUUGGGAAACCCCUCAGUAUUUUCUGGUACAUGACCAAGUCUACAGUUGGGUCAGUUUUUUCCAUCAUUUUGCAUCUUUUUUUCCAGAAUGGGCUAUUCAUUUAGCAUUUUGCUACUUAAAUGAACACUUACUUUCCUUUUGAACUGACCCUACUUCACACAGGAAAUGGAAGAUCUACUGUAUGUGAUCGGAAAUUCCAAACUGUGUCCCAGCUCCAUACCAGAUACUAAUUCUACACAUUUUUUGAGUACGUAGUGUGUGUAUGUAUGCAAUCACAAUUUAGUAUAUUAAGAAAUGCAAGUACGCAUAUAAAGUUUGCCUGAUUUUUUUUUUUCUUGUGGUCCUAUAAUGCAAUAAUAAUUCUAACUAAUUGAAGGUGGUAAUGAAGCUCCAGAAAGGUCUUGAAAACAAAAAAAUAAUUUGACAAUUAAAAAUAAAAAUCUUAACUCAAGGUCCAUUUACUAUCUCUUUCCAGAGCUAGAAAGAUCAUUAGACGCAAUAGAAAGCUAUGAUAAAAGCUAGUAAGUGGAGUAUUCUUUGACAAACAACAGUUUCUAAGGCCGAGAAUUAACAUUUAUUCUUUGGACAAGAGUUGGCUUUCUGUCGAAGAAUCAAAAUAUUACAUCGGCUCAGAUCGCAGUUUCAUCAUGUGUAGGAUGAAAUUUGGAUACAGCACACCAACGCAUCGGUAGCCUCCCCUUAUUGGUCAAAGUAGUUGAACAGGUCACAAUGUGAUAGGGAAACUGCUCAUAAUACCCUCCACUGGUUGAGCUAAGAACUCAUCGAGUCAAGAUUUCUCUGUGAAUUUGAUGCGUGAUCCCAGACUACAGUGAAUUAUUUUUUUAAUUGAAUGCUUUUCCAAAUCCAGCAGUUCCCUAUUUUUAAUAAAUGUUGCUUCUUUCAAUGUACUUCAUUCUGUGUUACAGCAGUUAGGGCACAGUUUGUGAGGUCAGACUUUCCAGCUACACUGUUUAUGUAUAGUAACAGCGCCCAGCAGAGGCUCCCUGUGUAAUGAUCCCUCCCAUACUAACAAGUUUCAGUAGUGCCAUUAUUUGCCUCGGACACCUGAAAAUGAGGCACAGCCUUUUUACUUUUAUCUUCAAAAGUACACUUUUGGAAAGGACGUCUGUGCAAGAUGUUGAUAUUAGUACUACUACUCUGAUAAUCGGUGAAACGCAACUGAUAAGAUUAACAAAAUGCUAAUGUAGUUUUGCAAGCAAACCAAAAAGAAAGAAACAUUUCACAUUUCUGAAGAGAUGUUACUGUGAGCUCCAAAAGCUCAGACACUUCUGUUUUUUUUUUUUUUGUUUGGCAAUGUUCUAAUUGACUGUGAUAUCUGAAUAUGAAUCUGCCGUAUCAGUGGAGAGAGAUCACCUCUUGUGACUCCAUCCCUGUUGUGUAACCUGUUUUUUGCCUAAACCACAAAGCAUUAAGUCAGUGAUGGGACUCAGCAGAAAUAUUAGUGCUGUGAUGUUACUGGCAGAUUAUGGCCUUUUCUGUAAUUAUCUGUGUUGGCACAU